GGAUGGGUAGAAGAUGGGUUGGGGAGGGACCAGCCCUGGCUCCGCCCUUCCCACUUGAGAGCCAUGGAGAGCCCAGGUCCUGGUGAACUACCCCUGGUGCAAGCGCCCUACACUGUUCUGCUGCUACCCCUGGGGACAAGCCGUCAAGACCCAGGGGCCCAGAACUUCUUCCUCUGGCUGCAGAUGAUGCAGGCUCUGGAGAGGGAACAAGAUGCUCUGUGGCAGGGCCUGGAGCUGCUGGAGCAUAGCCAAGCCUGGUUUGCAGACCGUCUGAGGGAAACACAGCAACGGCAGCUGCAGCUGGGGGCCCUUGGUGAGGGCUUUCUGAUGGACUCACACUCAGAGACCGCCGCCCCUCAGCUAACCAGGAUUCAAAAGGUGAAUGCUUGUUUGCGCAGUCUGAUUCAGAAGGAGUUGUCAAAGCAGCAGGAAGGAGUCAGCCAGCGAACGGGAGAGGUGGUCAGCCAGGCUCCCCCACCAGGAGCAAAGGGGCCUACCCUUGUGUAAACCCUCCCCUCCCUGCACUGGUGUAAGGAGUGGGGUUGGAGUCAGAGUCCCCUGCCCCUGCCCCCCUCAUCUAUUUAAUCUUCAUUCAGCAGCCAGUGGCUCCAGGCUGAGAAAUUCAGACAACUCAGUAGAGUGUUCCUGCAACUCCUAAAAGUGUCCACCGCACCUCCUUGCCGUCCCUUGCCCUCCCUCUCCCCCAUGCCACGUACAAAGCCCUGUCUUUCUUCAGUGUAUUUGGGGAGGAGGCGUGAUCAAGGAGACUCUCCUUCAGCUUGAAGCAAAACUAAGCUAAAAAAGCUGCCCUGGAAUUUAAAGGAAAAUUGUACUUUCUGGUGCCCCUGCCCUGCUCUGCUUCUGGAAUAAACAGCAGCUCUU